CGAGCACUGAUUUCCGGGUCGCAUGACGGCACGGUGAGACUAGAGGUUGGUCCAUUUGACUCAGUUCUUCCUUACUUCUAGGGACUUUUUUCACUUAUAUCUCUAGAUUUAAGGCUACUACCCACCAUGGUGUCCCUUGGUAGACCUUCAUGAAGGAUUUCAACGUAUUUUUAGACCGUCCUUGUUUAAAACGAUGCAAUUUAUGUGGUUUUUCUGCGAGGCUUGCACGAGGUAAUGGGCCAACAAAAUGCUAAGGCCUUCAGUAGAAUUUCAAAAAGUUCAAAAUCUUCCGUCUCCGACUCAACCGCGGACAGAAAUGCAGCUUCUAGCUCAGAAAGUCUUUCUAAGCGUCCCCUUCCAGAAACACCAGUUGAUCAAUCUAUACAACAAUGGGAAUCCAAAGAGGAUGUCAAUACACCUAAUGCUUAUGAGGAAGACACUCGGGUCUUUAUAGCCAUCCAUGACUUUCAAUCCGGUGGCGAAACUCAACUUAGCAUACGGUCGGGAGAAGAGCUUAUGGUACUUAGAUAUAAUGACACAUCUGAAUGGUGCGAGGGACAGUUACUUAAUGGACAAAUGGGAUGGGUACCCAGUAGUUAUAUAAAACCAGUCAAUAGUCUUGAAAAACACUCUUGGUACCAUGGUCAGAUUUCCAGGAAUGCUGCCGAGUAUCUUCUAAGUAGCGGUAUAAAUGGUAGUUUCCUGGUACGGGAAAGUGAAAGUAGUCCUGGACAGAUGUCAAUAUCAUUACGCUAUGAUGGUAGAGUUUAUCACUACCGAGUGAGCAUGUCGACAGACUCAAAGUAUUAUGUAUCUUCCGAGAAUCGAUUUUUUACUAUAGCAGAACUUGUGCAUCAUCAUUCGGUUAAUCCAGAUGGAUUAGUGACAACACUGCAUUACCCCGCCCCUAAGAAAGAGAAACCAGCAGUUUAUGGGUUUUCUCCUGAGCCUGACAAAUGGGAAAUUGAACGAACGGAAAUAGCCAUGAAGCACCGCCUUGGUGGAGGACAGUAUGGCGAGGUUUAUGAAGGCAUCUGGAAAAAGUACAACAAGACUGUAGCUGUGAAGACUCUUAGGGAAGAAACAAUGGAAGUGGAYGAAUUCCUCAAGGAAGCAGCCGUCAUGAAAGAAAUCAAACACCCAAAUCUAGUCCAACUGCUAGGCGUAUGUACACGAGAACCGCCAUUCUAUAUUAUAACUGAAUUUAUGGUCAAUGGGAAUCUGUUGGAUUAUCUACGGAGUAGUAAAGGAAAGGAGCUUGAUGCUGUAACCUUGAUGUACAUGGCAACACAGAUUGCAUCAGCUAUGUCGUAUUUAGAGGAGCUAAACUUUAUUCACAGGGAUCUUGCUGCAAGGAACUGUCUGGUAGGCGAAAACAACUAYGUUAAAGUAGCAGAUUUUGGUUUAUCUCGUCUGGUAACGAGUGAUAUCUACACUGCUCACCAAGGAGCAAAGUUCCCUAUCAAAUGGACUGCACCUGAAGCUCUGGCUUACAACACGUUUUCCAUCAGGUCUGAUAUCUGGGCUUUUGGCAUCCUUCUCUGGGAGUUAGCAACAUAUGGAAUGUCUCCAUACCCUGGGAUUGAUCUAUCCCAAGUGUACGAGAUGCUAGAGAGUGGAUACAGGAUGCCGUGUCCUGAGGGAUGCCCACCUGAGGUCUACGAGCUAAUGAAGAAAUGUUGGCUAUGGGAAACAACGGAACGUCCUACUUUUAAAGAAAUCCACUGUCAGUUAAAUACAAUGUUUCCUUCGAGCAAUGUUAAUGAAGAGGUAGAAAAGGCUCUUGAGAAACGCAACUCGCUGCCAAAAAAAGCAGACAAGGGGAGAAAAAGCAAGAAGAAAAAUGAACAACAAAACGGAGAAAACAACGGAAUUUCCAAAGAAGAAGCCAAAAAGGCCAAAAAACAAGAAGCAAAGGAAGCGAAAGAAGCCAAAGGUAGAUCWCCUCUUGGUAAGAAAAAUAUUCCUGACGGAUUGGGUCCCCCUCCUGAACCUCCUGCGCGUCCUCCCUCCAAGGAUGAUCAAGGGGAGAAGAGGGCUAUGCUACCAAUCGGUGCAGGAGCACCCAUGAGUGACCUCAUGAAGGAGCUUGGGACCAAAUCUUUGUCAAGAACAGUGAGGAAAGAGGAAAGUAGCCCCCAGAAAGACCCUGGUUUGUUCCGAGAGCCUUUGCGAUCACCUCAGAUUCCUCUCCCUGCAACCCCUACAAGCCUACAGUCACGUCCACAAUUGCCACUUCCGCCUAAUGUUUCUCAUAAGCCGCCCAAUAUGCCUUUGCCACCGACUCCUGACGAAAUAAAUGCAAGUAUUGAAAAACAAUCUCCAUCGCGGUACCCCUCUAAGGCCUUAAAUAUGCCUUUACCACCAAUACCAAUGCAAUCAGCAAAGCUGAAACCUGUCGACAAACCAAUUCAGGCUCCACCUAAACCAAAGAGGUCAAAGUCAAACGAUGAACUAAAGAAUAAUGAUCCCAAGACAAGCCCUGUUCCGAGACCUAGGAAUCGACCACCCCCACCCCCUGCAGCCAAGCCGUCCUCUGAGGAUGUGAGUGUGGUCUYUCAUAAACCGUACAAUCGAACUGCAUCUGACAGCGACGCUGCUCCCAUUAAAACUUGGGGCGAUAGACCGAAACCUACCCCACGAGCACGACCUAGACGGCCCGAUGCCAUGUCUGACGAGGACAGGCAGUUUUCACAGGGUUCGUUGGACGAAUCAACCACAGAAAAUAAAUUUAUUUCCAAGCAUAAUUCUACACAUUCAGGUGAACCAAGAAGGAGUUCCUUCCCUGCAACGGCACCGACUUCCCACAGACCAACUACGACCAGACAGGGAAGUCCAAAAAAACCAAUACCUCCUACAAAACCUGCAUUACCAAUAAAGCCAGGGGCAAACACCACCCAUGGAAACAAGAAACUCUCUCCACAAGCCUUAAAAAUAAUCAAACUUUCAGAGAACAGCUUGGAAAAGGUACACACCAUCUUAAAUCUUUCAGGAGCACGGGAAGGUGAUAGUCUUACCGAACUUGUCCAUGAGUUUCAAGAACUCACUCUUCGUGUGAAAGAAUCUUUGUCAGGUCUAACAGACACUUUAGCACCUCAAGCUAGGUUUAAAUUUCGACGAACUGUUAAUGAUUUUGAUUCCAAAUACAAUGAUCUUGACUCAGUAAUACAUAAUGUUGGAAGAAACUUAACAUCGGUUGAUAUGGAACGAAUUAAUAAGGCUGCUAGUGGUGUAGCCGAGGGUCUAGAUGAAGUUUGUUCGACGUUGAAAGCCAUGGGAACAUGAUUGCRGCAUUAGAUUUGCAAGGCGUAUACAAGGAUGAUUUUCACUGCUCUGGACUAGAGGUUCACAGUUGUCAAAUAUCAUGGCUGCCAUUUUGUUUGAAUUUGACGAAAGAUUUUUCAUUUAUUAGUCUCACUAAUAAUAUCAACCAACAUGGCUGCCAGGUUUUCUUCAUUCUCUUGCGAAUGAUUCCUUUGAUUUCUGUGUGGGUGUGCAGGAAAAAAUGGGAACUAUUUUGAUGCAAUUCUCUAGAUUUUAAUUUGAUGAUACCUAUGACUGAUGAAGAGGAAGCCAUUUUAGUUUCUCAACUCUUUGAAAUUACUUAUAUUUAGAUGGCAACAUGGUGGCAAAAAAGGAAUAAUAAUUAUAAUUAUUAUGCAAGCUUAACCCAGCUUAGGCCAAAGAAUUCCUAACAAGUAUUGAACAUUGCAGCUUUUUGGCACCAUUUUGAUGUGUGCUGCACUAUGGGAUACUUUUUCAAAAAAUAAUCACUUAUUUCCAUAUUGCCUUGAACGCCAUAUUUUUUACCAUGCAUUUUGGGAUAUAGGCAAUAAGUCGUUGUUUCCCACAUGCAAUGCAUUUCAUAGUCAUGGUGGUGAUGUAAAUGGAAUGCGAGAGGUUUAGAAAGAUGAAUUAAUGGAAGAAAUUGUAGUUAUUCUGAUAUCAAUUUGUGUAUCAAUUUAUGACUUUGAAUCAAUGAUAUAGAAUCCCAUAUUUGCUCUAAAGUUAGAAAUGUCUAAAUUUCAGAACCAGAAUAUUGAAGAAUUUCAGUGAAAUGUUGAUAUGUAUGAUUUAUGAGAUUCACUCGUGCAGAAGAGGUUGCUUAAAGCAAUUUUUCCUCAAGAAUAAUGCUAAAAAUGUUUCAGAAAUUUAAACUUUACAUAAUGUUUGUGCCUGGUGCCGACUGAGAAAUCUUAGUAGAAAAUAUCUUUGUAAAUUGUAUUUUAACUUAGAAAUUGCUUAUCAUAUAGGAGUGAGGUGAUCACCUCAACAAAAUGGCCACCUCAGACUCAAACUAUCUUUUUAAAUGAAAUCUUUAUUCUCAAGAUUGUUAAUUUUAUUGUAUCAUAUGUUUUGUUAUUUUUACCAAAUAUUAUUUAGAUACUUGACAGUUUUUACAUAAAAUGAUUAUUAUCAAUUUUUCCUUUUCAGUUUCUCUAGUAAUUAUUGCAUUUUGAAAAUAUAUUUUAACAAAGAUCUUACAUUUUUAGAUAA